UCACUAUCGAACCCCAUUUCUUACAGAUAAAGGUGCCGGCAGCAUUUGCUCACUCAAGCAUUUUAAACAGAACUGCUUUCAUUGCUGUCUGCACUUGAUGAAAAAUACCAAAUCAGCUGAAACUGAGCAAGACAACUAUCAAAGCUACUCACUAGAUCAAAAUACAGACAAUGAAAAAACAUCUACAGUUACCACCUGUUUUAAUAAUCUGCAUCUUUUGUAUUUUUCCCUUUAUUACAGGGUUGUCGCAGCCUUACCAAGAUUAUCUUGGGGAUUUUGGCAUCUCAAAAAGAGUGAUCUCUGAUUUCAUCACAGACUGCUGCAAAUAUGGAUACAAUGCUAUUCAAGACACACAGGGCAGUAAUCAGGAAGUAUAUAAAAGAUUUUUAUUUCACUACUCUAAGGCUCGAGGCCCUGCAUACUCAAAUGCAGCUGGGUUUUCCCCUGUACAUCCAUUAAUGCGUCUUGCACCAAAGCUUUCAGAAAGAAGAAUGAAAAGAUACAGAGAUCCGGGAACACGGUUCAGGACUGCAGAACUUAGGAAAAAGGACACAUUGGGGACACACAGAAGACCAUUCUUUCUCUUUAGGCCUCGAAAUGGAAGGAAUGCUAAAAGAAGUGAGCAGUAAAGGAAAGGAAUUGCUCCCAAAAGACUUCAAUUCAUUUUUACAAAGCCUUAAGGAGCAGCACAUGUGAUAUUUCUGCAGAAUAUGCAAGUAGCAACCAACUUCCAUCUGAGGCAAGAUUUCUGGAUUGUAAUCUUAUGUUAUUUGCUUCAAAGACUUUUUCUACUCUUUGGAAAUAGUCUGCAGGUGAUAAAACUAUUACUUGAUGCGUUGCAAACCUCAUCCCCUUUCACUGAAAAAAAAUCUCAAGACCUCUGUGGGAAUGCCUGUAAAUUAUGUUACACAUCAGAAUAUUUCACACUUCUAGGUGGCAUUUCCUUGGCUAUGCUUCUGUAAAGUUAAUAAUUCAAAUGCAAACUUUAAAAGCAAAUGUGAAAGAAUGCAAGUCCUGUGUUUAUAUUUUCAUUUCAAAUGUCAGGAAAAUCAUUCACAGAAAGAUAUUUUGUAAUCCACAGUUCUGUGUCUCCUGUAAGGAGACUGACACAACUGUUUUCCUAACUUGUAAAAUGCAUAUUAAAUGUUUAGCUGUAAAAUACUUAACCGAGGAGUAAAUAAAACAUUCAGGAAGGAAUGAAGAACUGCUUGUUUUAUUGAAGCUAUGAUACACACUGAAAGUACUUAUUUUUGCUUAUUAGAAAAAUAACAACUUACACUAAACUGUUUCAGAUCUAUUUUGAGGAUGAUGUGUAUACUGACUAUUGAUUUGAGCAAGCUAUAACACCAGAGAGAAUUCCUU